AUGAAGAAGUUCGGCUUCGGUAAGAAGAGCGGCGGCGACGACGGCGACGACGCCAGCCGCUCUGCUCUCUUCGGCAGCAAGAAGAACAAGUCCCCCGCACCCGGCUCCGACAACCCAUAUGCUCAAGCACCCGCUGGCAACGACCCCUACGCCCAAGACAACAACAAGUAUGCCAACAUGACGCCCUACCAGGCAGCCCGAGCAGGCAACACUGCUCCUGGCGGUGUGCCCGGUGGCCUCCCCAGCGGACCUCGCGCUGGAGGCGGUUACGGCGCUCCUCCCCAGCCUGCGGGAGGUUAUGGAAACGAAAAGUACGGCGCUGCUGGUGGCUACGGAGCCAAUCGCUACGACAACGCCAGCCAGAACGCCUACGGUGGCGCUGCUGGAGGGGCUCGUGGUCCUGGUGGUUACGGAGGUCUGGGCCGAACCAACAGCAACGAUACCGACGCUCAACGUGAUGAACUUUUUGGAGGAGCUCAGGAUCGCUACCAGCAGAAGCAGCAGCCUCCUGGAGGAUACGGACAGUCUGGAGGAUACGGCGACGAGGGCGCAUCUGGCGCCGGCGGAGGUUACGGUGGUUAUGGAGAGAGCCGUGAGCUGACUGCUGAGGAGCAAGAGGCAGAGGAGUACCGUGGUAUCAAGAAUCAGAUCACCGAGACCAGACAAGAGUCUGUGAACACCGUAAACCGAGCCCUGCAAGCGGCUUUGCAGGCUGAGGAGACUGGUCGCUCGACACUCGCGAGACUGGGAGCUCAGGGAGAACGCCUCCACAACACGGAACGAAACCUGGAUCUGGCCGCGAAUCACAAUAAGGUUGCGGAGGACCGAGCCAAGGAGCUCAAGACCCUCAACCGCAGUAUGUUCGCUGUGCAUGUCAACAACCCCUUCACAUCCAAGUCUCGCGCAGCGGCGCGCGACCAAGCGGUUCUUGACCGUCACCGCCAAGAGCGCGAUACUCGUGAGCAGACCAGAAACGCCGCUUUCCAGUCCAACCAGCGCAUGGAGGAAGCAUUCAAGGAGGUUUCGCUUUCCGGCCGCCCACAAGGAAACACCAGGUCAAGCGCAGCUGAGCGAUCUAAAUAUGUCCUCGAUGAUAGUGAUGACGAGGGCAAUGAUUUGGCUCGUCGCCAAGAAGAUGAGAUUGACGACGGCCUGGGACAGCUAGAGGGUGCCAUGGGUCGUCUUAACGGCUUGGCCAGAGCCCAGCUGAGGGAGGUUGAGACACAGAACACUCUGAUCAGCAAGAUCAGCGAGAAGAGCGAUGCUGUGGACGACGCAACCAGGAUGAACAGAGAACGCCUGAACCGCAUCAAGUAA